CCACUCAUUCAGGUCAUUAUGAUAAGAUCUCCAAGCUCAAUUUUUAAUUGCUCUAAUCCCUUUCCUGAUCCUUCCCCAAAAAGCUCAUACAAUGGUUGACAAUCUUGCUCCUCUUUUCUCCCUCUUGUGUCUUCUUCUUCUUCCUCUCUACCCCUUUCCGGCGUCCGCUCAAACUUACAAUAAUGUGAGCUUGGGUAAAUCUCUCUCUGCCGGCGGCAGCACCUCUUCAUGGCUUUCACCUUCAGGUGAAUUUGCGUUUGGGUUCCAAGCCAUCAACAAUACGGAUGCCUUCUUGCUUGCCAUCUGGUAUGAGAAAAUACCUGAGAAGACUGUAGUUUGGUAUGCAAAUGGAGAUAAUCCAGCACCCAAAGGAUCAAAAGUUCAGCUUACCAGUGAUGGUAACCUGGAGCUCAACAACCCUCAAGGAGAAGAGAUAUGGAAGGCCCAAUCCCAAUCCCAAUCCAGUGUUGGUGUCACCUAUGGUGCAAUGCUUGACACUGGCAACUUUGCGUUGGUGGAUACAAACUCUGUUCAUGUAUGGGAGAGCUUCAAAAACCCAAGUGACACCAUUCUCCCUUCCCAGAUAUUAGAACUGGGUGGCAUGCUUUCUUCUCGACAACCAACCAACUACUCCAGAGGAAGGUUCCAGCUCCGCCUGCUUAAUGAUGGAAAUCUCGUUCUGAAUACUAUAGCAUUACCAACAAACUAUGCCUAUGCUGCUUAUUAUGUAAGCAACACUUAUACUUCUGGUUAUCAAGUUGUCUACAAUGAGAGUACAGCCAUGAUUUAUAUUCAAAGCAAGGAUGGAAGCAUAUUAGUGGACCUCACAGUUGAGAGCAUACCCUCUACCAAAACCCAUUACCACAGAGCAACCAUUGAUUUUAAUGGUGUUUUCACGCAAUAUGCUCGUCCUAAGUCCUCUUUGAGCAGCAAUGGUGAUGAAAGUUGGUCCAUCAUCGGGUCUAUUCCUGAUGACAUUUGUUCUUUCAAUAGUCAGGAUGUGGGCGAAGGGAUUUGCGGCUAUAACAGUAUCUGCAAGAUUGUGCAAAGUCGACCUGUUUGUGAAUGCCCAACUCAAUAUUCCUUAGUUGAUCCUAACAAUAUAUUGAGUGGCUGCAAACAUGACUUCAUACUACAAGUAUGCUAUGAAAAUGGAUCAGGAUCCCAAACUGAGAUUUUGUAUAGGAUGGCCGAGUUGCUUGACACGGAUUGGCCGAAUUCAUCUACCUAUCAAAAGCGGGAACCUUAUACUGAAGCAGAUUGCCAAAACUCUUGCUUGUAUGAUUGUCAAUGUGCAAUAGCCACUUUCAAUGACGGGCACUGUUGGAAGAAGAGCCUACCGGUUAGGAAUGGGAACCAGAACAGUGAUGUUGCUGUGAAGGCUUUCCUCAAAGUCUCAGCAGGAAAUAGUACCCAGAGAAAUCCUCAUCCUCCUUCAGUUCCAGAAGAUUAUAACCCUGGUUCAAAUCCUAAUGGAAAGGAGAAAGCUCAAGGUUUGUUUAGUGUUGUUGCAGCUCUGCUAUUAGGUGGCUCACUAUUUUUCAAUUUAAUUUUUCUAGCUGCAAUUUUUAUGGGGGUUCUGAUGUACCAUAAGAAACCAAAAGAAAAGGUACAAAAGCCAAUUUCCUUAGAAACAAAUCUGCAUUCUUUUACUUACAAAGACCUGGAAGAAGCUACAGAUAGAUUCAAGGAAGAGCUGGGAAGAGGAGCUUUCGGUGUUGUCUAUAAAGGGGUCUUAGGUUUGGAAUCUAAACUUGUAGCUGUAAAAAAGCUCGACAAAGUGCAACAAGAGGGAGAUAAGGAGUUUAAGACUGAAUUGAGCGUUAUUGGCCAGACCCAUCAUAAGAAUUUGGUCAAAUUGGUUGGAUUUUGUGAGGAAGGACAGCAUAGGCUCCUGGUUUACGAGUUCAUGAGCAAUGGCAGUUUGGCAAGCUUCCUUUUUGGAUCGUCAAGGCCAGAUUGGAACCAAAGAACCCAGAUUGCAUUUGGUAUUGCAAGGGGGCUUAUGUAUUUGCAUGAAGAGUGCAGUAUCCCGAUCAUCCACUGUGAUAUAAAGCCUCAAAACAUCCUUCUUGAUGACUGUUAUACAGCAAGGAUUUCUGACUUUGGAUUGGCCAAGCUCUUGAUGACUGACCAGAGUCGAACUAACACAGCCAUUAGAGGGACCAAAGGCUAUGUUGCAUCUGAGUGGUUCAGGAAUAUGCCUAUCACAGUGAAAGUAGAUGUGUAUAGCUUUGGUGUCAUGUUGAUGGAGAUCAUUUGUUGUCGGAAAAAUGUUGAACAGGAAAUGGAUGGUGAUGAGAGAGUAAUUCUGACCGAUUGGGCUUAUGAUUGCUAUCGAGAAAGAAGGCUAGAUGCUCUGGUGGAGAAUGAUAUGGAAGCGAUAAAUGAUAUAGAAAGGCUGGAGAGGUUCCUCAAGGUAGCAAUUUGGUGUAUUCAAGAAGAGCCAUCACUAAGACCCACAAUGAGGAAGGUUGUACAGAUGCUAGAAGGAAUUGUUGAAGUUUCUGAUCCCCCACACCCUUAUCUUUUCGUCUCAGUUGCUGAAACUUGAAACAAUUCUGUUUUUCUACAUCCAAGUAAUGUCUCACAACUCAUCUCAAUUCCUUUGCUUCAUCAUUUACUUAGCCUUUACUGUAUUAAGAUGGUAAUUAUGAUAUCUAUUUUGUAAUCAAGUUUAUCUUAGUUUUGAGAUUA